AGAAUGCAUCGCGGCACGUGAGGGGAUUAAAAGGUAUUUUUACCUCGGUAAAAAUGGCGUGGGUUUUGCCACGGUACCCACAAUGCAGUGCGACUCGUGAGGGGAGCUUUCUAUAUAGUCGCUCUGGCAAAAACGGCGGCAAAAUGCAUUAAAGAGAAAGAGGAGGAGGAGGAGGAAGAAGAAGAAGAAGAGAAAAUUGACGUUUAAUUCCAUUUCUGCCUUGGUAAAAAUGGCUGAAUGGUUGCCUCGGUACGCACAUUGCUUUGCGCACAAAGCGGCGCUUCCGGGUUUUUGCCUCGGUAAAAAUGGCCGCGGUUUUGCCCCGUUACCCACAAUGCACCGCGAAUCCUUUGACUGCGAUGGACUAGGGCCCGCUCCGCUCUUUACCCGGUGUUACCGGUGCAUUUAGUGACGUCACUUGACCGUUAAUGGUCCAAACUGGUUCGUACUGGUACCUCAAGUAAUGGCAGGGCUUUACUUCCGCCUUGUUACCCACAAUACUUUGCAAAACGUCUUUCUGCCUCGUUACCCACAAUGAAAUUCAUCUGUAUCCGCCUCGGUACCCACAAUUCUCCACGCGGAGCGGAAGUGACGCAGCGGAAGCGGAAAUGGAGCCUCCCACAGCCGAGGAGCUGCGGCUGCGGCUCCAGGAGCGGCUCCAGGCCGAGCACGUGGAGGUGCAGGACUCCCCCGAGCUGUGCCAGGGCAGCUUCCGCGUUUUCGUCGUUUCCGGAAUUUUCCGCGGCCUCAAAACCCUCCAGAGGCACCGGCUCGUUAACGAGGCGCUGAAGGAGGAGCUCAGCCGCAUCCACGCCCUGGAGCAGCGAACCCUGACCCCGGAACAGUGGGAGGAGGAGCGCGGCUCAUUAGCAUAAAUUUGCAUACCGAAUUCUCCCAUCUCCGCUUCAUCUUCAUGGAUUUGCAUAAAUUAGCAUAGCUUGGCUCUGAUUGGUUGAAGCCGCGCCACGUUUAGGGCCUUAAAUGGAGAUGGAAGGGGGCGGUGCUGCAGCUCAUUUGCAUUAAUUUGCAUAAAGGCAAUAAACAUUCCUCAUUUGCA